AUGUCUAUUUUUGCUCCCGCUCCAAAACCCCCCAGCCUUCUUGGCUACCACCGGGUCCUCUCGCCCACGGCCGGCGUGAAGGUGUCCCCGCUAUGUCUUGGGGCUAUGAACUUUGGUGAUGCCUGGAAAGAGUUCAUGGGCGAGUGCAACAAGGAGCAGACCUUUGCCCUCCUUGAUGCCUUCUACGAAGCAGGUGGCAAUUUCAUCGAUACGGCAAACAACUAUCAGUAUGAAGAGAGCGAAACCUGGAUCGGCGAGUGGCUGCAAAAGCGCGGAAACCGGGACCAGCUGGUAAUCGCGACAAAAUACACAACCGGCUUCCGCAACAACCACCGCGACACAGAACCCAUCCAGUCCAACUUCGUCGGCAAUUCAUUCAAAUCCAUGCACGUCUCCGUCAAGAACAGCCUCAAGAAGCUGCAGACCGACUACAUCGACAUCCUCUACCUGCACUGGUGGGACUUCACCACCUCCAUCGAGGAAGUCAUGCACGGCCUCAACAGCCUCAUCACCUCAGGGAAAGUCCUGUACCUCGGUAUCUCAGACACGCCCGCCUGGGUCGUCGUCAAGGCGAACGACUACGCGCGCGCAAACGGCCUGCGCCCGUUCUCGGUGUACCAGGGGAAGUGGAACGCCGGGUAUCGCGAUAUGGAGAGGGAGAUUAUCCCCAUGUGUCGGGACCAGGGGAUGGGGAUUGCGCCGUGGGGACCGCUGGGUGGGGGAAAGUUCAAGACUGCUGAGGCGAGGAAGGCUGCGCAGGGGGAUUCGAGUAACAGGGGGGCGCAGCUGAGUGAGACGGAUGUGAAGAUUUCGGAUGCUUUGGAGAAGGUUGCGAAGAAGAAGGGGGGGACACUGCAUGCUGUGGCACUCUCAUACGUGAUGCACAAGGCGCCCUAUGUAUUCCCCAUUGUUGGCCAGCGCAAGGUGGAGCAUCUCAAGGCAAAUAUUGAGGCUUUGAGUAUCAGUCUUUCCAGCGAGGAGCUGGCUGAGAUUGACGCCGCAGCGGACUUUGAUGUUGGAUUCCCCAUGAACUUCAUCUUCAGGGACUACUCGACCAUCAACACUGCGUCGGAUGUCUUCCUGACCCAGGCGACUGCUCAUAUCGAUGUGCCUCCGCAUGCUCCACCUGUCCAGAACAGACAGAGUUUGUAG